AUGGCUACAGAUGUGAAUAUGGGACAGGUUGCGGUUAAGAAGGCCGAAGAGCAGUACGCCAACUUCAUUGCAUCCCUUGCUGAGAGAGCGAUGACUUCCAGAAUCUUCCAGAGAUAUAAGGUCAUUGACAGUUUCCUGCAUCUCGACAGUUAUCCAGGGCCAAACGGGGUUCCAUUCCAUAUCGAAGACGCGAAACUAUCACUCAUAUCAUUCGACAGGUCUAGCAAUCCGACUCUUACCCCUAAUAUAAAGGAACAUGAACUCGCUUCCAAGGUCGAUAUGGAUUCUUCUCGCCAAAUCUUUAUCGUUGAAAACAUAACUCCCAAGUUCUUCCUUGACUAUAUCGAUGCCGUGCCGGCCGAGAUGGAUAUCACGAAAGAGGAAACAUCACCCAGGACCGAUCUGGUUACCAAGGCAUGGUACCGCCACCAGGCUGUUGACGGAUACCUGCCUAUUCUUAAGUCCACGAACACUCGUUACGAUCAUGUCUCAUUUAGAUUUAUUGGACCCAGAGAGUACAGAAGGGAAGGUUCUGGCAAUUUGUUGGAGCGCAUGAAGCCCGAUAUGGAGAAAAUGAACGUCGAGCGAAUUGCGGGGCUUCAUGUUCCUAUAACCAGAAAACUAGGCAAAGGAGGUCGGCAAUUUGAUAACGUUGCAAUGGCGCGCCAUUGCGCUUCUGUCUGGGUCAAACAGCCUGACGAUUCCAUUCAUUCAGAGUGGACGAAAGCAAUAAUACUGGUUGACCCUCCUUUCGAACCUGAAGAUGGCGAAACCAUGUACGGCACAAGAGCUGACUCGGCGUACCGUUCCUUCAUCUGCCGCCCAUUACCAAACGAAGUAGAGGGAAGAGAUCAAGAGCCUAGAUGCAACUACCGAGACUCUCUAGCACAUAUUCUAAUGGAUGAAUUUGCUCAAGGGGGUGAUUUUCAUCUCCUAAUCAUAACUCAAGCCGUGGCUCGCAUUAUAGCAACUGAGUGGAUUUCCGCCAGCGCCUACGGUGAGCAGGACCUGAACACGCUCGAAUGGAGGCUGGAGAACGAUGAGCCAGGCAUGCUGACACUGGGCGCUUCCCUCAAGAAACUUUUCAUUCUACGUCGUCGGAUUCGCAAGUACCAGGGUUUAGUUGAAGAACAGUUAGACCUCUUCCGCAAGUAUUUGUCACAAGCCUGGAUCGCAACAUCUUCACCUGCAGCUGAGAAAGCGAGGUCUCAUGUGGAAGGAGAUUUCGAACAGGUCAGGAGCAUAUACUGGAUAAUGCAGUCCGACUAUCCGAUACUCUAG